UAUGUCAGAUUGCACAGGCAGCUUGUGCGGGGUUUUUUUAAAAACGCAAGCCGCAUGCUCUGGGCUUAUGGUGAAAUUCACGUCAGUCACAAAACUGCCGGUCCAUUUUCCCACUGGAACCUGGAAGAACUCGCUGCAGAGAGCUCACUUCUCCUCCUUGAAUGUGCCAAUUUCUCUAUUGAAGAUUACCCUGGCUAUAAUAACAAGAGAGGAGAUGGACCCAGAAGCGACCAAUCUUUCCCUCUAGGAAAGUGCUCCACCUUCAAAUUCAUUUUUGGACACCUUCUCAAAAAGAAGAAUCCCUUGGGAAAUACUGAAUUACUUCCUUCAUAUUCCUCUAUUAGCCCUAUCAUGGACAAUUAUCUUGACCAUAGAAGCAUUAAUGAUAUCAGUUACCCAGAAACUCGCUUUCCAUUCAGCUUGGAGAGGGUACCCAGAAGUAUUAAUUGUUUAGAAUUUAGAGAAACUGCUCAAUGGCCGUUUUCUAGGAUUGAUAAUUUAGGUUUGAGGAUACAGGGCAAUAAUGAUUUCGAAUUUAGAGAUUUGAACAUGUUCAGCUUGAGGAUGCAUGAACUGGAGCAUUCAACAUUGCCUGGAGUUUCCCUACGAAGUAGGGUUCCUCUAACGUAUAGUUAUAAUACUGAUGUAUUAGAAGCACCAAGGAGAGAGUCAUUUGGCUAUAAUUAUUUGAGACAUUAUGAAGAGCUUCCCAGCAGGAGAGUUUCAGUUAUGGAAUACGGCGGAAUGUUCGAUCGGCGUAUUGAAGUGGUUGAAAAAACUCGCCUGAGGGAGCUGGUUAUUUGCCAUGGAAUAUGAGUAAUUUGCUGCAUUUGUUAUGGUUGGAUACCCUGCAAAGCUGUCUGGUACUUUGAUUCUGCUCAUUUUUUGGUUAUCUGGUUGGCUUUGUUUUGUGUGGACUCUUUAACGGAUAGAUAG